UAUUCCAUGGGAGUUGGUCGAACGAUCGAAAAGCUUGGUCAGUUGUAGCGCCGACUCGGCUCGAAGUUGUGUAGUUUAAAGGCACACCACUGUACAAAAUAGAAGCACGUUUUUUUCGUAAUUAAAUAACCGUAGAGGCAGUAACAGUUACGUAGAGAAAACGUCACGAAGAGACCGUACGACAAUGCCGCCCCAGCCAGCACAUUGGGGGAAAAUCGUAUUCGUAUAUAUUUUUCAAUUAUUUUCAUAUGCAACAUCCACGGUGCAUGUGCAGCUGAUAGCGCCACACUACGUAACACACGGCAGCUCAGCCACUCUGCAUUGCAACCAUAGUGUCCUAGAUGUUCACUUGCAUAAAGUUGAAUUCAUGAAAGACGACAAGAAGAUAUUACAAUACAUAAAGGAUAGGAAGCCGCCGUUCGUCGAAUGGCGGGUAGACGGUGCGAAUAUGGAGUACUUGGAAAACGGCACGACAAUCAAAUUAAAGGACGUCCGUUUCGAGGCGUCCGGUUCAUAUUCCUGUCAGGUCUCAAUGACGACUCCUAUUUAUACAGCGGUUUCCGACCCCGUUGAAAUGAAAGUUAUAGAACCACAGACUGAAAACCCGAAAAUCACGUUCAAGAAAGAUAUGUACGUGGUGGGCGAGAAUUUAGAAGCUAAUUGCACUUCAUCGGCUGCGCGUCCAGUUCCUCACUUGACAUGGUUCAUAAACGGGAAGGAGGUGGACAUCACUCUGGUGAACCACUAUCCUCACACGUCUCACAAGGACCAUCUAAUGUCCGCCACUGCAAAAUUAACGAUAGAGGUUUCCGCGUUGCAUGCUGGGGAGAACGGAUAUUUGGAAAUCAGCUGCUACUCCACCAUUCCGGACUAUCCCAUGCACGAGCAGUACGCCGAUGUCAGGAUAGAAACGGUUUCGGUGCAAAUUAUACCCGCACCGAUCGCCGUCUCUUCAUCGCAGAAUGUCGCGCGGGGGUGGGCCCUGCCCACGUUGCUGUGCAUACUAUGCGCGAUGCACAAAAUCAUUCCUUAAUAAAAGUCAAUUGCUUUAGGAUAAUUAAA